UAGGCAGUUGGUUCAUGACUUCUUCCACUUGAAUUAAAAAACAGCAACUAUACGAGAUUCAAGUUUGACCGAGAAAUUCCCUGCAAUAAAAUAGUUGCUUAUAAGAAUUAAAAUCCAUGCCAUUAGCCAUCGCCAACAAAGUAAAAAACGCAUCCGUUCCGGCAAAGCACCGUAUAAACGCAGAGAAAAGAGAAAAAAACAGAAGAAGCAUUAACUUGGGCAAGAGAAAGAGAGAUGACAACGGGUACACUAGAAGUGUUGCUUGUGGAUGCUUGUAUACUCAAAGACACCGAUCUGAUUGGUAAAAUGGAUCCGUAUGUGGUAAUUAAGUUUGGUGAUCAGAAGCGUAAGAGCACCGUUUGCAAAAAACAAGGAAAAACACCCGUGUGGAACGAAAAGCUCAAAUUUAAUGUGGAGUAUGCCGGUUAUAUCAGAGAUGAACAUCCUAAAUAUAAACUCAAAUUUAAGAUCAUGGAUAAAGAUAGGUUUAGCAAGGAUGAUUUUAUCGGUGAAUUGACGAUCUAUGUCGACGAUCUCUUGGCACAAGGAAUGGUGAAUGAAAAUGCUGAAAUACGCCCUUGCAACUACAUCAUUGUUGGCUCUAACAAAUCCGACAACGGAGGGAUUCGAAUCGGCCUAGCUUUCACCCAGGUAGAUGAAAAUGAAAAUGAAAAUGAAAAUGAAAAAAAGGAGGGUAAGUCUAAAAAAAAGAAACACGGCCUACACCUCCAUCACAAGAAUGAUGGGAAGAAAAAAUCCGGUGGACGGAAAAAUCCCUUCAAACACCAUAAUAAGAAUGAUGGUGAGGCAGAGGAGGAGGAAGGGGAGGAGGGGGAAGAGGAGGAAUCGGAGUCAGUGUCUUCGGAGUCGGAUCAGGAGGUGGAGGCAGGGGAGGAGGAGGGGAACGUGUUUGGAAAGCUUGGAGCUUUAUUAGAAUCUCUGGGUGACUUAUGAGCGGUUUUUGUUUUUGAUUUGAUAUCUACUCUACGUAGGCUCAUUUACCCCAACCGAAAAAAUCCAGUGCUCAGUUUCAUUUAUUGAUUGAUAUUUUUUUGGUAGUAUCUUACAAUCUUGUAUUUUAUUUUAUUUACCUUGAGAGAAAUCUGAAACCACUCGUAGCCCUAUGCGAAUUCUUAUGGCCUGUAUCCUAGAGCACAAUGUUUUUUCUUUUGCUCUCUAAGCCACCAUGCUUCUGCCUUACAAGGUUAGACUACCAAGUGUAAACAACAAAUAUCACUUCAGAUUGGUGAUGGAGGACUUGAUGUUAAUCUUUUAAACUUUUAUUGCAUUUGAUACUGCGUAAGGUGCUAAUUAGCUUCACAAGAUUAAGGGAGCAGUAGAACAAUAAACUUAAGACUUAAGAGCUA